AUGGGGGUACAGGGUCUGACACCCUUCCUUCAAAAGACGUUCCCAGAUGUAAUACAACAAUUACCUGAUCGUCUGCGAGCUCUUGCCGGUAAGAAAAUUGUCAUAGAUGGAACCCUCAUCACUCAACGCCUCCACUUCGCUCAGGCCCCUCACCCAUACCGACAUAUUAUAGGCUGGUAUAGGAUAGCCAGGGAGGUGGAGGAGAGCGGUGUUUCUGCGAUAUGUGUGUUUGAUGGCAAAGAACGCAAUGCUGCGAAAGCACGCGAAGUUCAACGAAGACGCGACGUUAGAAGACUCGCUACCUCUCGGGGGACUUUGGAAAACGAUAGGUUCAAGCGCCUUCAAGGUCUCAAAUCUGCUCUCAAUAGUUUGCAUGGAUUAGAUGUCGUUGAGAGACAAGGAGUCUCGGCUCUUCUCCAGCGAAUUGAAUCGGAGAACCCCGUUGAGGAUCCCUCAGAAUUUUUCCAAGAACAACGGACCGUUACUCGUGCUUCCGAGGUCCCUCAGGAGAGCAAUUUACAAACGGUUACUAGAAAGGAGUCGCCACCUUCACCUUCAACUCCGCUCCACACGGAGUUGUCAAUUUCAGAAAUAAUGAGCGACGAUGGCCCGUCAAUACAACGUCCCAUAACACCAAUAUCACCGACCGUGAUAAACAUCCAAGAUCGAGAAUUUCCUACCGCUCUCGAACCGCCGUCCUCAUCGAUUUCGCAAGAUCUGACAAAUGAUGUGGAAACCCAAUUGGCGUCGCUUUAUCUCAGCUACAAGGACAGUGUCUCAAAACUAGCAUCCUUGCCUACACCCUUGGAAUCAGAAACAUCAGAGGCCGAAGAGGCAGCAGUAGAGCAAGUCAUGACGAAAACCCAAUACCAGUUGGCCAUCGAUGAGGGAGAGUUGUGGCAAAAUCUCACAUUGUCUCCUUGUGCCCUUCCUGACCUCUUGAAUGACGACAAAAUUUUUGUCAGCUCUUUGGACACUCUGAUGGAAAAGAGUUGUCUCAUAUCGGAAUCCUAUCAACGGCGUAUCAACGUGCCUACUGCCCAAACCUAUGACGAAUGCAAAGAAAUCCUCCAAGCAAUGGGUGUUCCCUGUGUCGAGUCUACUGGUGCGUUUGAGGCCGAAGCUUUGGCAGCUGCCAUGGUGUUAAACGGCCUGGCCGACUACGUCGUGAGCGAAGAUACGGACGUGUUAAUCUACGAGGCUCCAAUGAUUCGCAACAUUAGUAAUCAGAAAGACCCACUCACCAUCGUCUCUGGCGCGCACGUUCGCACGACGCUUGAAUUGACCCGCGAAUCCUUCGUUGACUUUGCCCUCCUUUUGGGGACAGACUUCUCCCAGCGGAUCAAGAAUGUAGGGCCAGCACGCGCUUAUAGAUUCAUCAAAGAAUAUGGGACCAUCGAGCGAAUAAUUGAGACUCAAACCAAGUAUCCUCCAAAAAUCUCCACCAAAGCGUAUCUCGACCAAGUUAAAACGGCGCGAAGGGUAUUCCGAACGCUUCCUCCCGUGCCCCAGCUCGAACUGCUCCAUCAAGACAAAAAGGAUGAAGCUUCUAUCAACCUCAUCUUUCAGCGUUAUGGCCUUGGAAGAUAUUUGAUGGUUACUGAUGAUUGGGACUAUGAAGAAGCUUUGGCUGGCAAUUACUUUGACGAUAAUCCUAGCGUAUUAUGA